AAUUCUCAUUGUAGUAUUCGACACGCCACGAGUAACAUUAAUCUCGCGGUGUAACAAAGAUAAACAGAUAUUGAUAUUAGACAGUAGGAUUUAUAAGUUUUUGAAAGUUAUUAUUUGGACUUAUUAGUUAUUUGGAUUGAUUAGAGAUCAAAAUGAGUUCAUCAACGGAGGCACAACGAUUAAUUGCUCUGUCUCUCGGGAAAAUAGCAAUGUCCAGACAACAACGUGGUGGGAUCAAUUUACAUAAGAACUUACUUGUUGCGAGUGUCUUACAUAAAGCUCGGACAACAUACAUGAUGGAUAACUUUCAAACAUUGUUGGCUAACAAACGUGCUCAGGCUGAGCGUGAAGCAGCAGCCAAAAUGAUUGUUGAAACUCCUUGUGAAUCAGGCAAAAAAACUACGGAAAAAUCAACAAUGGAUACGUCCUACCAUACGCGUGGGGUCACUGACUGUAACAAAGCUAACGAUACUGGGGUACCCAACGGGGAACGUCCCGAAACUAAAAACAGUGGCGCGUCUGAUAAGGAAAAUGUUAUUCCUGUUAAACAGAAUCGCUUGGAAAAUACCAUAAACUCAUGUAACGAGAAAUCGGAUGUUAGUGAUAAGAAAUCCAGUCAACGGGACAUUAUUGUAAACAAUACACCGGUUGUAACCGGAAAGUUACCGUUAUCUCGGAACAAUGGAAACACGAAUUACGUCAGCCAAUUACCGUCCUGCAGGUGCGCCGGUGGCAAAAGAAGGCGAUCUUUUGUUGACUGUGAUACUGAGCCUAAAAAGCCACGAUUUGAGGAGUAUGAAAAUAGUGACUCAGAUAGCGAUUGUGAAAGUGACUCAGGUGACAAUUUUGAACAGAUGCAGACAUCGGAGUCUACUCAGGUGAAAAGUUUAGUUGACAUUUUCAGUUCGGGAUUUCACGGUCUAUGUCCGGAAUCUGAACAGUCACAGCAACAAAGUUCAGGACAAAUUAAUGUGUAUGUUAGUACGGACAGACCAUUAAACGGUCACCAGUAUGUAUUGAAGGACUUAAGUUGUGCGACCCAGAUAAAGGACAGUGUAGCGAUGCACACGGCGAUAGCUCUUGCUGUUUAAAACAAACAUUAAAAGUUAAAACAGUCUUGGAAAUAUAUAUAGACAUACCAAUUUGUGUUUAUUGUCUUCAGAAGGUGCAAUGCGUUAUGACAUAAUAUUUAUUUUACAAAUCGAAAAUGUGAUUUCAGAUUUAGAUGGUUUUAACUUGUGUGUUAGUUACUUAUGUUACAAGUUUACCCAUGGCAUCACCUUUAAUCAGUCAUCAUUACACAGUCAUUAUUUAAACAAACAGAAUUUUAAGCAUUUCUGAGUGAUACUUUUACAAACCACAUUUCAUUUUUGUGCUGUUUUGUAAAUUGAUUCUUUUUACAUAGAAUUCAUGUUAAUUCGUGGAUAUUUAAUUUGAUAGGGACUAGGGAGUGACAGCUUUUGUUUGUUAUUUCAUUGUUAUUGAUAAAAGGUCAGAUAUCCAUCAAAUUUGACCCUGAACAUGACAUUUAAACUGCCACUAUUUCUUUUAAGUAUUACAAAUUUUAUGACGUAAUUUUUGAACGUAAAGCUCGAAUGGGUUUAUUACAGUACUGUACAUUAAAUUACAAUGAAACGGAGGAAAUGCGUGUUAACACUUGAGUAGUCUUGUUUACCUGCCCAGACAGCGUACGUUUGGGUGUAACCGUUUAUGACCUACAUAUCGCCUUUGUAUCGUUUAACCUUAAAAUGCAACAAAGGAAACAGUUUUUAUCCCAGCUCAAUUAUUCGUGAUACCUAUAUAUAUUUUCUGAUUUAGUUUGAUUUCAUUUGCUUCAUUUUUCAUAUCUAUCAUUUUUACGCCUAUAUUUAUUUGACCUACUUUCGCCGUCUCGUGAAAAAUCAACGGCGCGUGAAUCGAUUAAUUAUUUGUAAGCUCCCGUCUGUUUGAAAUUUUUGCUAGAUCACGACGUGUUGACGUAGUCAUGGAUUUCAUUAUACAGGAUAUUGUUUACCAAAGAGAAAUUCUUUAUUGAUUGUUAUACACCGAACAGCGCGACUAUCUUUAAUCCGAUUUAUUUCAUGUAAACAAGUGCGACCUGCGCAAGUAGUAGGUUAUUUACGGAGACUCUAGAGGUGAAGGAGUGUAAACAAAAUAGUCCUAUAAAUAUAAAUAGAACAAUACACUCUUUGUUAUCAAAAAAUGGGUGUGGCAUGAUGAGUCUUUAAGGAUUGCAAAAGAAUUUCUUAACAUCUAGUCUUGUAUACUUUAAGUUCAUAUUUUGGGGAUGAUUAAAAAUAGUCAGGGGUUGAUACAUUUAUAGUAAAAAUGCUCUGAUGACUUAAUUAGAGGUCAUCGGUCGUAAAUUUAAAUUAUUUUGAAAUAAUCAUAACGAGUUGAAUGUAUGUCUAUGAUAAUAAUUUCAUGAGUGAAAUCGGGAGUGUACUUGACCAGUGGUUUAUUUAUUGUGAAAGUGAGUUAGUUAAUUAGUAAAUAUUGUUGAGAGUAAAUGAGAAGUGAAAAUGAAAGAUUGUGAACAAAAUAGUUCUGCCAUUUUUAUGGACAAUGUGUAAAUAUUUGAUGAUUAUUAUAUAUAUUUAUUGAUAAUGAUGAUAUUAAAAAAGUUGAAAAAACUAUGAAAAUAAAAAUAUCAAAACAGUUA